AGGCAGCACCACUGUGUCCUGUAAUGAGAGGCUAGAGGUUUAGGGAAGAGAUUCUACUUUGUCAUACAUGUCCAUUUACCAUUUUUGUCUUAAUGAAGUUUGAAGACCUUCUUUCAGAAAUUGAUGGCUUUGGAAGGUUCCAGAAGAUGGUUCUUUGCCUUAGUUUCUUGGGACGUGUCAUUGUACCAUGUCACUUCUUGGUGAACAACUUCAUAGCCGGUAUCCCAUCCCAUCACUGUGACAUCAGUGGUGCUGUGGGGGACUUUGGGAAUAUGUCGGAGGAAGAGAGACAGUUGGUCAUGAUCCCGAUGGAGGCGGAUGGAAAACUGUCUUCCUGUCUCAUGUUCCCAGAGCCCCGGUUUCACAUGCUGCUCAACUCCUCCAGCAGCACUGGGCACCCUGCAGAGCCAUGCAGGAAUGGAUGGGUGUAUGACAACAGCACCUUCACAAGCACACUGGCCACUGAGUGGGAUUUGGUGUGCGAUAAGAAGGGACUGAAUAAAGCCACUGCUACCAUCUUCUUUGUAGGGGUCAUGUUCGGAGCCAUGACCUUUAGUGGUCUGAGUGACAGGUAUGGACGCAGGAAAAUGCUUUUGGUGUCGUACGUGUCGGGGAUGGUCUUUGCGUUGCUCAGUGCCUUCUCCACCUCCUACGUCAUGUUCACUGUGCUCAGGUUCAUGAGUGGCUUCUGCAUCACAGGCAUUCACAUUGUCACCUCUGUGCUCAUUUUGGAAUGGGUGGACAUUGAGAGCAGGAAGUUAGUAAAAGUGAUUGACAGCUUUGCAUGGGCAUUUGGAUUUAUGACACUGCCCGCACUUGCAUUCCUCAUCAGAGACUGGAGGUGGCUGAUUGCGGCCAUCACAGCACCAGUGGUCAUGGGCAUUAUAUCAUGGAGAUGGGUUCCAGAAUCAGCUAGGUGGCUGAUAGCAAAUGGGCAGCUAGACGAAGCUCACUACUACUUAAAUAAGUGUAUUAAGAUGAACCGCCGGCAGGAAAUGGCCUCCUCCAUCAAACCAGAGAAUCUGUCUAAUAUUGUGUUGACCAAUCGAAGGAACAGGAAAUACUCCUAUCUCGAUCUGCUGAGGACUUCCAAGAUGAGAAAACUUGCACUACUUACAGGUCUUACUUGGUACGGAGUUGCCUUCAUCUUUUAUGGCAUCGGUUUGAACAUUACAGGGUUUGGAAUGAAUAUUUACCUCAUACAGUUCAUAUUGGCUGCUGUUGAGAUUCCGGCUAAAGCGGCUAUUUUCUACCUUCUGGACAAGAUUGGACGCCGUAAGACUGAGUGCGGUGCUCUUGUCCUCACUGGGAUAUGUCUUGCUAUCACCGUAUUCGUCCCCAGAGAGCAGCGGGUGGUGAGAACAGUAGUAGCAGUACUCGCUAAGGGGUGUUCUGCGGCUGCCUUUGCCACUCUGAUUCUGUACAGCUCGGAGCUCUACCCAACUGUGAUGAGGCAGCAUGGCAUGGGCUAUAACUCCUUUAUGGGUCGUGCGGGGGCAGCAGUGGCCCCCCUGAUCCUGCUGUUGGAUGACGUGUGGUUGGGCCUUCCUCAGCUCAUCCUGUGCUGCAUUGCAGUGGGGUCCAGUGUAGUGGCCAGCCGACUGCCUGAAACUCGAGACCAAUGCCUGCCUGAGACCAUCAAAGACAUCAAAGGAACAAGAGCACCACAAGUGGAAUCACCUGUCCUCUCUCAUGGAAAUGCAGAGACUGAAGUUGGAGCCUCCAACUUGGAGGAUGAAAAUAACUGAUCAUUUGUGGUGUUUCAACAUCACAAACCUGACUAUUCCUCUUAAAUGCUAAUCAGUGUUGGGAGUAAUGCGUUACAAAGUAACGCGUUACUAAUUCCACUACUUUUAGUGGUAACGAGCAUGUAACGAAGUAUUUUUGUAAAUCAAGUAACGCAAUUACAAUUACUGAAAUUUCAAAGAGUUUGUUACUUGCGUUACUCUGUUGACCUUGAAUGAACGACUGCAGACAAAAUGACAGAUGCACAUUUGCUGCUUCUGAUCAAAGUCUCCUGACCUUAGCUGUGUUUCCAGCGAUUGGAUUUCAUGUUAGAUUGCAGAUGCAUUCUUUACAGUUAAUAGGAGCCUCAUCACAUUCCUCCUUAUUUCGUAUUUAUGCUAAAACACACAAGAGUGCAUUAGGCUACAAUUUAAAUGGGCAUCUUAAAAGCCUUAAAAGCCACUACAGUAAAAGCGCAUUGUUGUUUAUUUUAUCUCUGCUCUUUUUCGCUUAUUGCGCAAAAGCCUCUUAUAUCAAUUUCUCAUUCUUACAACAUAGCCACGCCACAACACCAAUAGGCCUACAUACAGUAGCCUAUAUAUAGCCUUGGCACGUACACGUUUAACUCGAGAGGAAAAUGCAGAUUUCACUUACCAGAUUAAGAAACCUCCAAAUAGCCUACAGUACGUACUACAGAGACUUGAGUUAUUUGCACAGUAUGUUUACAUCGGAAUUGACGUCCAUGGUGUUAUGGAUUCAUUUGUCUGCGACGGAACAUGCAACUUCUCUCUGGAACACCUUAUCAGCUGAAGAGUAACCUUCUUCAUAGUGCACAACAACCCCAAACCCUCGGAUGCGCAUUAGAACUUAUUUCGGUAGGUCAGCACUUGUGCAGCGCAGGCUUUUUCCCAAACUGGUGGUGCUUAAAAUACUAUAUGAUACAACUGUGUUCAAAGCAGGAUGAGGAUAACCUAAGGUUGUAUGUGUGUGUGAGCAGACAAUAACUGCUUUGAAAA